GGUCUGAUGCUUAAUAAACCUCAAGUCGCCCUGCCCUCCGCGGAGUGCCUCCGCCAAUCUGACGAUACCCACUCCAAUAACUGAAUAAAUGGCAAAUAUUCGAGACCUUCCGAAGGAAAUAAUCGCACUCAUCAUUACCCACCUCAUCAGGAGCCCUCUGCGAUGGGUUUUCGAGUCACACCGCGAUGCCAUUGCAGCGAAAACAGCAGCUCAGUUGAGAUUGGUUUGCCGAAAAUGGGCGGCCUGGUUAUAUGAGGAUCAUCUGUAUCGUACAUUGCGAUUCAAAAGUGCUUCUCGAUCGGUCGCUUUUAUCGACUACUUUCGCGGACGUUCGCAACUCCUUCCGCGUCCUAGAUGCCAACGCCUAAUCAUCCAUCGCAUCUGGACUGAAAAACCUCGCUCCCGUGACAGUCUUCUAGACAUCAUCACAUCCCCUAUUAUGGACAGUUUGAUAGAAUUAUUCUCCGAUACGAUUGUCACGCUUGACCUCAGAUUCGUAGAUUUCAUGAACCUACCCAUGCAAACUAUUCAUUGCAUACAGCGAGCGGAGCGCUUGCAAAAUCUCCAUCUGCGUCUUGUGAGAUCGACGUAUGAAGAGCUGCUUGUGCCCAAUCCUGAUUGUUUCGACAGUUUGGUUGUUGGGAUUAAAAACCUGAAGUCGCUUUUUUUGGCCUUACCCCUUUCCUUGCCACGCCGAUUUGGUUUCUCAAGUGGAAUUCAAUACCCAGCUAUUACUCAUCUACACAUCGACCUCGCUGCGCAAACCCCUGGUGUGAUCUUAAGCCUUGCGAUUGCCCUCAAGUCGAGUCUGAGAGUACUUUCAUUACAUGCCAACAGGAGUUAUGACACAGGACUAGUUUUACCUCUUUAUGAAACAUUGAGAGAAACCUUAGAAGGGCUCGCCGUAACGACAGAAUCCUUACUGGCACCCAUUCUUGACUUUAAGUUUCCGAAGCUCAAGGCCGUUACCGUCCAGUGCUUGUAUAAUUCCGUCGCCAAUUUGUUCAGCCAAGAUAUCUUUACUCACGCUCCAAUCCAGGUCGUCGCUCUUAAUUCCCGAUCAGCCUGUUGGUCCAAACUUACUUUUGAGCAGGAUCCUUUUACGAACCUUCGAAACUUGCAAAAAAUGGUCUUUUUGGCUACUGACGGGGAUUAUUCCCCUCUACCACAGUUCCUGGCCGCUUGCGAAGCUCAUCACAUUAAAUGUGAAUAUCUCGAUCAUAGCGAUGUGUUCCUGGUAAUGGUUCGUCAAGUCCUCGCAUGA